UAUUUGUCAAUUGCUCUAAAUGGACAGAAACAAUCAUUACCGUUACGCCCAACCGUCAGCUCAUCCUAGCUUUUCCAGAGUCAUCGCCACCAUGACGCCACCGAGUAUCUCCGUUAUCCCGUCCUCCUCCACCACCACAGUCUCUCCGAAACCACUAAAACCGCCGCUGGUUGUACAACCACAACUGCCGUCGCUCGAAACCAAGGUUUUCAGUCGCAGGAACGCCGUCGUUUGGCUCUCACUCAUUGCUCCUCUCACUUAUCCUGCGUCUGCUCUCUCCUUCGGCAUAUCAGGACCAAAAGAAUGGUUAAGAGAUCAAAAGAAGAAGACUGCCAAGUACCUUUUGGCUCCAAUCGAUGCUUCUAGAAACAUCCUCGGCUCUGCUUAUCUCUUACUCACGAGAACUGAACCUGAUUUUGGUGAAAAAGAACUUGAAGAAGUUCAGAGCUUAUUGAGAUCUGCUGCAAGGGAUUGUAUACCUCAAGAGAGGAAUUCUUUUGUUCAGUUUCAAUCAAACAGUGGAGUUGAGGUCUGCACUUUCCGGUUGGUUGUGAAAAAUGCUUCUUCUUUGCUUGCUGACAAGGACCCGGUAAAGUUAGCAGCUGAGACCAAGCUUAUUGAUCUCAUAAGGUCUUUUGCUUCUCUCAGUGACAUGGCAAAUGAAAUAGAUGUGCAAGUUGCUUCUAAUAGACAAAAGGUCGCAAAUGCUCUCAUGGAUACAGUCACUUGUCUGGACAAGCUUGAGCAAGGCGUCAAGGAAUGCCUAGAAGUUUGAUGAAUCCUUAUUCAAGUCAAAGAAUGAACAGGAUGGAUUCUGCAUUUGCCAAUUUUGAGAUGCUUUUCCUUUAGGUUUGGAAGGGCAAAAAGAGAAAUUGUAAAAUAGGUUGUACAUCCAUUUAAAGUUCAAGUUUAUCCUUUCAUUGUUUUGAUUUUCUCCUGUUAAAUGCAUUUUACCUCAGUCGCUAUCAGUUUUAGUGAGCAGACAUAUCUUCACUUCCAUUGAAAUUACGAACAAGUGAAUUAUGAUGCAUAAAAUCGACUCUUUUCUAUUGUUUUUCUAUGUGAAGAAUUGAUGGCAUUA